AUGCAAGGUGCCGCCCAUGUGCAACUCGCGAAUCUGGAAGCGCAGGCAGCCGUCGCCGCCCCCGGGCGGCGCCAGCAUCCACAUUCUGGGCGCCUAGGGCCCCGAGCACGAGGCCCCAGGCCCCAGACGGCGCACGCGCGGUCGGGGGGCGAGGGUAGGGACCCAGGAGAGGCUCGAGAACUCUUACGGCAGGACCUGGAGCCGACAGUCGACCCGGACGAAGAGGAGGAGUUGAAGGCGCCCGCCCAGCGGGACGACGCGGGCUCGGCCGACAGGGGCGACGCGCAGGGCGACGGGCCGCAUGGCGGCAGGAAGGCCGAGGAGGAGGUCGGCGGCGAAGGCGGCUCGGGAAGCCCGAGAAAGCCCGACGAGAGGAGAGCCCGGGGAAGCCGCUCGAGGAGCCCGAAGGUCGAGGUGGACGAGUUCGGGCGGCGAAGAGGGCAAGGAGCCCGCGAGGCCUCCCCGGCGCAAGCCGCCGGGGCCGUCGACGACGACGCCCAGAAGAGAGAGGGGAGGCGAAGCCGCGGCAGGGACGGCAGGGACCGAGGCCGCGGAGGCGGAGACCGGAGAGGCCGGGACGACCGGGCCGGCGACGACGGGGGCCGCGACGGCCGGGGCCGCGACGAGCCGGGCCGCGACGAGCGGCAGCGGGACGGCGACCGCCGCGGCGGCGGCGAGCGCGAGCGGGACCGGGACCGCCGAGGGCGGGGCGACCGCGGAGACCGAGGGGACCGCGAGCGCGGAGACCGCGAGCGCGGAGACCGCGAGCGCGGGGACCGCGGAGGUGACCGCGGCGGCGACCGGGCAGAUCGCGAGAGGGACCGGGACCGGGACCGCGACAGGCGCCCCAGCGACCGGGACCGUUUCGGCGGCGACCGCCGGAGGUAG